AUAAGUUUCAAAUCGCUUCAACUUAUUUUGUGGGUGGGAGUGGCCGCCAUUCCAUUCUUGGGCCUUUGGGUGAACUGUAAACAAGUAGUUUGUCAGUUUUUCUUCAAAUUUGCAGUUGAGGAAAACGGCAAGGCCAAGGUUCCAUUACAGGUUCUAAAGUUCCUGACAGUGACAGACAUGAGUACCAGACAGUUCUUCAGCAGUGGUGACAGUAAGGCGUGGUCCAAGUGUCACAGUCUCUACAGUAAGGUGCUGAAACUGAAAGUGGACAAGAGUCAGAAGAAAGCCGACUUAAUCAAACUGGACAAAUGGUUCCAAGAAGAACUUCCCCAGGCCCUGAGUGAGAGGACUGACAAACACAUCACCCAUGAGGAGCUGGCCAAACUCAUGAGAUGGAAACUCAUGCGAGGUAAGUUCCGCCCACGUCUGCAGCAGCUUGUGGAGAGUAACAAGCCUGAGGUUGUGGAGGAGACCAGUAGGAAGGCCUUCAACAAACUCCCCAACAUCUCAUCUGCCAUCAACGAACUGUCCAAACUGAAGGCUGUGGGACCAGCCACUGCUACAGCCAUCCUGGCUGCAGCAGCCCCUGAGCUGGUGCCCUUCAUGGCUGAUGAGUCCAUGUUGUCCAUCCCUGGACUGGGACCGGUACAGUACACCCUGCCUUACUUCCUCAAGUACCUGGACCACAUCAAGAAGUGCUGUAAGAGGCUCAACAAGCAAGACCCCGAAGGCCAGUGGACCCCACAUAAAGUGGAGGUGACCCUGUGGGCCCAUGCCGUAGCUACAAACCUGGAUCCCACUAUGCUGGAUUCUACUGCUGCAGCCAAGGACAAUGCGGAACCAAAGACCAAGAAGAGGAAGUCCAGUGGGGAGGGGGAGCAUGUGGUCAAGAGGGCCAAAACUGGACAGGGAGAGGAGAACACCAAUGGGGAGUCAGCUUACUUUUAAAGCUCACUGGAUGGGCUUUAGAACUUGCAUUUCCCCAACAAUGUAGCCUGGGUACCAUCCUAUUUCUACCGGGGCUCCUUACACUCGCUGCCCUAAAAAAAUCAGACACUACAUGUGCCAAAUUUUAGGGCAACAAGUGCAAGGAGCCCCUGUAGAAAUAGGAUGUUACCUCUACUGCAACUCAAAAGAAUUGUCAGUAAAAUAGUACCGCAGGUACCUGAUACCUGAAGGCGUCAGUUGUUUUUGCUUCUUUUACAGCUUUUCUUAUAUCUAUACCAAAGGAUAUCCCACGCUAAAAGCUUUUAUCUUUUAUUUUAUUUUACAAAAGUAUAUUUUAGAAUAAUAAGUUGAAAAUGAGAUGACGAAAGCAAGGAAGAGUUGAGCAAGGGAGAAGAAUGUUAGUGGGAGUUCCGUUUUAAGCAAUUCUGUUGCUUGUUGAAACUGUAUUUACAUGCGGGUUUAGAUUACAGUUUUAUGAAACUGUUGUGCAGGACUAAGAGUAAAUGACAAGGAUGUCUGAAAGAAGACAGUAACCUGUUGAACAUUUGGAUGUUCGUUAAUACCAUUGGAUGAUCGCAACGUGUCCCUCAUAGUGGUGGUCCAAGAUUGCAACUAUUGUGGGAUACGAUAACUAAUGCAGUACAUGUUAUCUAUAUAAUUACACUUCUAUUGAUUGAUAUUCAUCACAAAUAUUAAUUGUAUGCACAUGUAUUAUCUAUGAUAUGAUCCUGUUGGAAGUUGAACUUUGUUCAUACAGGGUUGGACAAAUCCAAUAGCCCUAUUGUCCCGGGCAAGUGAAAAUGCUAAACGGGCAAGUCAAGUGCAUGUCCUGCACCACUUGUCCAAUCGGGCAAGUUAUAUUUUUUUAUUGAGUGAGAUUUUGAUAUACAGUCUUGCUACUUUUCACAGUCAUGGCAUCAAGCAUUGAUCAACAUGGAAAAUAGAGCCAAUAACAAGAAUCUCAUCGUUGGAAGUGAAAAUGCAUGUAGAAAAAUGUCAUUUAAAUUUCGGGCUAGUGAAAAGUUGAUUCGGGCAAGUAGAUUUUUUAUGUACUACUUGCCCGAUAGGACAAGCGGGUUUCAGAAAACUUGUCCAACCCUGUCAUACACAAAGAAAUAUGAGACUCAAAACCUUGAAUUGUCUUUUGUGAGGGAGAAUGUUUCAUUAGUAACAGCGGGUGACGUUACGGUCACGUGGCCCAAUAGCAAGUCCAACUAAAGCUUGUAUUAUCUCUCAACAAAAACUGUAGGGACAGUGAAGAAUUCAGGUGAGUCUCAUUUUCUCUCUGUGUUAGAACAAAAGUGUAACUUUCUACUAUAUAAUUUACCAAUGCUGAAGAACUUUUAUGUAUUUUAAAACCUCGCUGAACAAUAAGGCUCUGGCAUUGAUGUGAAAUUAUGAACGUUGAUGUUAUCAGAUGACUCAAGAACUUAUGUGGAAGUUUACAUCAAGUGUUACAAUGAGAUGAUUAAAUUUUGAUCUGACAUGGUGUAUUGUGCUGGUUCAAAAACCUAAACCUACAAUACUACAUGUACUAAGUGGUUAACAUGGUUAACGUAGUUUGGUCAACGUAGGAGAGUUUGGAUGCAGUAUGGUAGUUGCUAUGGCAGUUAUAUGAAGCUUGCUAUAUUAAUAUCCAUAUCUAAUUUUAUAUCAUACUUAUAUUUUUCAAAUCCCGUCCUGGUAUGUUGAUGGAAUGAUUUUAAAGGAUGAUGAAAUCAUGGAAACUUGUGCAAUGAUUAACGUUACUAAGUAUAGAACUGGGACCAACUGGUAAGGAACCAAUGAUUGAGAAUAAAAGAAAGAUGUUCACUGAAA